ACUUGCUGCAUCGCUGAUCAUUCAGGACGCUGUAUGAAUGAAUAAAUACAUGUUGCUUUACAUUGAUUUAUAGGGUUUAACUUAGGCAAGGGCAAAAACUGGAUUUUGUGUAACUUUUAUUGACUUCAGAUAUGGCGGCAUUCAAAUCACAGCUCCGGGAAUUGACCGAAGCACACAAACAGGAGGCAUUUGAUAAGGCUUGUAAGGAGGCGGAUUUUACCGAGGGUCGUCUUGUACGUAUUACGGAAGAAUAUUACCCAACAGCUUUAGAAUUUAUCAGGACAAAUUUUCUGGUUCAAGAACCAAUCGAGAAGGCCCUUGGUGUUCCAUGGAACGAUGAAGUGAGGGAUUUCUGGUUGUCAAUGUACAAAUGUAAUGUUUCCAUUAUGUUACUAGCAGACGAUGGUGACGUCAUAGCUAUUCGGACCUCUCGUUUUUUAACGUAUGAUGAGGUACCAGAUGACGACGCUAUACAAACGCCGACUCUCAGAUUGCUCGAGGUGUUCUGUCAUAGGGGAGAAGCAAAAGCGGAUUUCUUCGGUCAUUUUGGUGCCAAAGAGUGCAUACAUUUUUUUGGUCUUGGCACGAAUGAUAAAUACAGACACCAUCACCUAGCAACCCGGAUGUUAAACGCGUCUGUAGCAUUUGCGAAGCACUUUGGUAUAGAUCCUAUCUAUAUUAAAGGUGAAGGAUCAAAUAUCUACUCUAAACUUGUCUACGAACACUCGGGGUUCGAACUUUUACACGAGGAAAUGUUCGAUGAUUUUGUGGUUGACGGUGUAAAACCAAUCCAGAAUACAGGAGAAAACAAGUCUUUACGAUUUUAUGGUUUGAAAAUCUCUUCUAAACAGUAGG